AUGGAGGUAGGCGGGGCCCCGUGGGAGCGUCCCGCUGACGUCAUGAGUGGACAGUCCAUGAUGGCGGCGGCGGAGCGGAGCGCUGGGCCCGGCUCUUCCCCCGGCUCUUCCCCCGGUUCGCCCCCCGGGUCCCCCCCCGGCUCCCCGGGUCCCCCCCCCGGCCACUCGGUGCUGGUGGUGGUGGGGGCGCUGCGGGCCGCCGGGCUCCUGGAGCGGCUGCUGCGGGACAUCGACUCCGGUGUGCGGUGCUGGUGUGUAGAUCUGGACGUAUCCGUUGUGGACCAGCAGUUGAAACUCUUUGUGUCCAGACACUCGGCCUUCAUGUCACAUGACGUCCCAGGUCAGAGGACGCUGCGUCACCGUGGAGACGUGCUGGACAUCCAGGUCGUGGUGAAUCCAGUUCGUGACUUCGUCCUCUCUGAGGUCCGGCGGCUGGUCUGUGACCCGUCUCGCCACAAGCUGCUGGUGGUGGUCGGUCAGUGCGUGGAGACGAGUGGGGACAUCGUCCUGCAGAGAGGACGCUUCUCUCUGCAGGACCUGCUCCACAUCUGCACCGAGGAGGAGGUGACAGGAUUGUUAAACUCGUCAGACGCAGAGUCGAAGGCCAGUCUCACGCUCUGCUGUCCAAACCGAGGUCUGUGGGCGGAGUCUUUAUCAGAGAAACACGACCUUCAAGGCCUCAUGAACAUCCAGGUCAACCCCCCCCGGGUCCUGCCGCAGAUGGAGGGGCUGCAGGAGUUCACCGAGUAUCUCUCGGAGUCGCUGGAGCCCGAGUCGCCCUUUGACCUCCUGGAGCCGCCGAGCACCGUGGGCUUCCUGAAGCUCUCUCGACCCUGCUGCUACAUUUUCCCUGGUGGGAGGGGAGACUCCGCCUUCUUUGCCGUCAAUGGUUUUAAUGUGUUGGUGAACGGCGGCUCGGACCCCCGCUCCUGCUUCUGGAAACUGGUCCGACACCUGGACAGAAUCGACUCUGUGCUCCUGACCCACAUCGGUGUGGACAACCUCCCCGGACUCAACAGUCUCCUGCUGAGGAAAGUGGCCGAGCAGGUGAACGAGUCUCACACUGAAGAGGACUGGAUGAAGAAUCUCAUCUCUCCUGAGGUGGGUGUGGUGUUCCUGAACGUUCCUGAGCGGGUCCCGUCUCUUCAGGACGACCCCAGCGAGCUGCGGAGCUGUGACCAGGCGGCGCUCACGUGUCAGUACCUGCAGAGACUGGAGAUCAAACCUGAACCUCUCGGUCGGUUUAACGGUCCCAUUAUAGAACCAGUCAUUUUGUUUCAGAAGAUGGGAGUCGGCCGUUUGGAGCUCUACACUCUGAAUCCUGUCAAUGGAAGCAAAGAAUUUGAAGCUUUAAUGCAGAUUUGGCCAAACAGUGGAUCGAAUGUAAAGAGCUCAAAUCUUCCUCUGACGUCCCUGGCUUCCAUCUGUGCUCUGCUGGUGUGGCAUCCGUCCAGUCCUCAGGAGAAGAUCGUCCGGGUCCUGUUCCCAGGGUGCACGCCACAGAGCAAAAUCCUGGAUGGACUCGAAAAACUCAAACAUCUGGAUUUCCUCAAACAUCCAACAGUGUGUUCGAAAGAUCUGGACACACUCAAAUCUGAAAAACAACCAAAAAGAGCAGAGAGUCGUGAAAGCCUUAAGUCCAGUUGUAAAGAUGCCAGACCCAGUAGUGCCUUACAGAAAGACAAGCUCGGACGAGUAGAGGUCAAAAAACACGAGGUCAAAAUGAAGCCGAAGGCAGCAGGAGACCCCGCCCACAAAGACAAGAUGGAUGGAGAAGAAAAGACUAAAGGAAAGGAUGGAGAUGUCAAAGUUAAGCCACUGAAAACUGCCGAGAAGAUUGUUCCCAAGAAAGAUGUGGUGUUAAAAGAGGAGAAAAAGGAAGUAAAAAGGAAGGAAAGUCUGAGUUUCAAACCAAAGAAAGACAUGAGACCUGAACCAAAGAAAGACAUUAAGAGGGGCGUGAAGACGGAGGAGAAGACACUUUCAAGACUAGUCGCUAAAGAUGUGAAAAAAGCAGGAAGUGGAGCUUUAUCAACUGAACCAAAAAAACCUCCAGGUAAGACUCAGAAGAAAGACGUGUCCAUUCCAAAGAAAGACUCGUUGAACAAAGGGACAAAGACCAAAGCAGGAAGUGGAGCUUUAUCAACUGAACCAAAAAAACCUCCAGGUAAGACUCAGAAGAAAGACGUGUCCAUUCCAAAGAAAGACUCGUUGAACAAAGGGACAAAGACCAAACCAGAUCCAAACCAGAUAGAAGCUGAUCGCUCCAAGGUGUCCACACCUGAGGACAUGACUGCUGAAUUUGAAAGACUUCAACUGGAAGAUGACAAUGCAAACAUCGGACUGAAGAACGUGAGUUCUGAUGGCGUGAAGGCCACAGGAAGUCAGACGUUAGGCUGUUUGGAGACAGACCAGGAAGUGCCCGCUGAGCUUCUGUCUCUCGCCAAAACACCAAAGAGUAAUCUUGAUGUAAACUUUGAUAUCACUUCGACUGCGUUCCCUCCGUCACCUGAAGAAGAAGCUCUGUGGGGGGGGGAGCGCAGCGGCCUGGUGGCGACAGAGUCCAGUCUCAGCUUCAGUUCUUGUCGGACAUCAGACUCCCUGAGGGACGUUCUGGAGACCUCCAGCCUCCGGACCCUCGUGAUGCCAGACUCAUCUCCCACCAGGAUGUCCAUGCCUGUGGCGCCACCUACUGCUGCGUCACCCAAAGGAUCCAUGGGAGACAGAGGAGACGCCAAUGGACAUGUCAACGACUUGGACUCCGACACAGGGAAGAGAUCGUCCCAUCACGGAUCGGAGGAACGCAUUCACAGGAUGUGCGACCUCACCUCAGAUGUUCCACACGAUGUGGAUCUGUGUCUGGUGUCACCGUGUGAGUUCCAUCAUCCCAGGAGCCCAGAGAACCACAACAACAACCACUCUCAGGACCAGGACCGCAGCCAAUGUCCUUCAGCCUUCAGCCAGGAGACUCCUCCCACAUCAACCAGCGACUCUCCCCUGACCAUCACAGAUUGUGCCAUCCCCCCCGACACAGAGGACUGUCCGUCCAUCACCGCAGACAUGGACUCUGAUGACGAUGCCAGUGACCGCUUCCCUUCCAGUCAUCCUCCGGAUCAUCACAGUCUGCGGUACAUCCACCAGGAGGGACGGCCUUCCUCCCAGGACCCGCCCCCAGCCCCAAUCAAAGAUCUGCCACCACUGCCCCCCCAGCCUGGAGCCUGCAUGGCGGACGCUCCGGCUGAUGCAUCGAACAAGAGUCUGAAGAGUUCAGCUGCGAAGACCAAGAAACCUUCAGGUUCGACCCAGAAGUUCACAUCUGGAGGAACCACGGCCCAGAACGGAAAGUCCAAGGUGGGCGGCGCCUCGGGGGCGUUGAAGAUGAUGACCAGCCUCGACACAAAGUCAUCAUCCAGAAAUUCACUUGGUGGAUCAAGAAUUGGAACUUUAAAACCUCCAUCGUCAGCUCCGAGAGUCUCUGAGGGUUCUGAGGGUUCUGCGAUCUACGUGGACCUGGCCUACCUCCCGUCCAGCGGCGCCUCCUCCACCGUGGACAUCGAGUUGUUCAAACGCGUUCGCUCCUCGUAUUACAUCAUCAGCGGAGACGAUCCAUCCAAGGAGGCGUCGAUGAGAAGAAUCCUGGACUCGCUGCUGGAGGGGAAGAGCAGCUGGCCGGAGGUCCAGGUGACUCUGAUCCCGACGUAUGAUUCGCUGGCGAUGCACGAGUGGUACCAGGAAACUCACGAGCGGCAGCGGGAGCUGGCGAUCAGCGUGCUGGGCAGCAACAGCACCGUGGCCAUGCAGGAGGAGACCUUCCCCGCCUGCAAGGUCGAGUUCUGACACGCCCCUUUUACUGUGUGUGUGUGUGUGUGUGUGUGUGUGUGUGUCCAUGUGUCAUCAUACAGAAGCUACACAAUUCUUUUAUGGUAAUCGACCCCUGAUAGUGAUGGAUUUGGGACAGAGGUGAUUUCCAGCGUCCUGGCGUUUGGUCGGGAGAUGAAGCUUCGGCCUCGUGAAGCAGGAAGUACCCGUUCUUCACUUCCUGUUCCUUCCUCUGCUGCAUCACAACCUGUUUUAUAUCGGCUUUGUUAAAUCUAUGUUUCUAACUUAGUGAAAAUUAAAUUCAUCAUUUAACACUAAUGUUCACUGAGAUGAAGCUUCAAAAUUUAAAUGAAUCGUAAGAGUGAAAGUUUUUUAUGUUUGAGGUGAAGAUUCCACAGAAUUCUCUCAAAAGAACUCAAGCUUUUAUUUUGUAAUAACGUUAUUUCCUGUCUCACGACAUCAUCACAUCUGGUUUUGACGUCCGUGCGUUCUGUGUCAUAAUGAUGACAUCAUUCUUCAAUAUCAUUUUUAUGUAUGUUUUUGUUUCAAUUUUAAGAAAAACAGGAAAUAACAAUUUAUUCACCUUCAUGAAUGCGAUGCUGAUCAUCUGUUUCUCAUGUGAUUAGAUUAAUUAGCUGUAUCCGCUCAUGAAAUUGUAUUAUUAUUGUUUGAGUGUUUCAUGUUUUUCUGUGUAAAACAUAUAAAACAUCACAGAGAAAACUCAACCAUCCUGAUUUUUGUUUUCCAUCAGAAAGUUUUCAUUUUUAUUUAUUUAUUUACCUUUUUAAAUUCAGAAUGGUUUCACUUCCUGCACGUCGGUACGAGUUUCAGUGUUUUAUUCACAAAGGUUAAAAUCCUGAUGAUCAGUGAAACCACUUCCUGUUUUAAUAAAAGCUCCAGCUACACAAUCUAUUGUAAAUAUUCACAAAUAAAGGUUUUAAUAUUACAUUAUUCAUAGAAGAAUAUUUACAGAUUCUUGAAAUUGAAGCGGUUAAAUUGUUAUUUUUCUGUCAGUCAUAUUUUUAUUUUAAUUUGUGAUUUUAUUUCUCAAAAUUUGACUCUCGUUAAAGUUAUAAUUUGUGUGAAAGAAUAACUUCAUAAUUGACUCUAAUAAAACUCAAUUGAUGUUCAGUGACUCAGAAUUUUUUUAAGACAAAAUGAAAAUGAUGUAAUCUUCUGGUAAUGCCCCCCCCCCAAACACACACUGUGAAUCAAAAUAUAAAAACACAACUUUUACAGAUUCUGUCAAAAUAAAAGCCCUUUAACCAA